UUUUUUGUUUGAAUUUUCCGCGAAGAGGACGCGCGCCGGAGCCUCCUCCGGCCUCGCCAACAUCGCCAACAUCGUUCAAGAGGACGCCAGUGUCAGGCCGGCUGCUCAGGGUGCUAAGUCAACGAUGGCAGCGUCAGGACCGAGAAAACAGGAAGAGAACUCCUGGUGGAGUAAAGACACAGCUCCAGGUGACCAUGACCCUGACAACGACCUUGACCGCAAGUUCGACAUGUCAAAAGAUGUGGCAAGCGGAGGUGCAAUGUGUGAAAAGGGAAGGUGUUGUGGGCCCACUUUAAAUGGGACGUUCAUUAUCGAGGAGAUGAACGGUACUCGUCACAACGAUGACGGCUCAAUGGCACGAGCAAAUGGCGCAACCCCAUUGUGUAACUCAGUCAAGAUCAUGAACCACAGCCAUCCCCGCCAAGCUGUAAACAUUCUAAACGGUUUCAAGGAUCCCUCAUUUUUGCUUGACACAGAAUUCCCAAGUGGUUUGUUGGAACUCUCCGUAGAAUCACCAAUGCCAGGCCUCGGCACGUAUUCAGGCAUUUGGGCGGAAAAGCUGUGCAGUGACAACUUGACCAGUACGAGUAGUUUAACAGGAACCCCUAACGUGAAUGCAUCGCCGUGGCGUGGGGCGGAGAGAAGGCUCGCUGGAUGUGAUGCAGACUUUGCAUUCCAGGAAAUGAUGCUGCUGAGGGGGAGUAAUGGGGAUUCCAGGCAUGUGUCUGAAAUUUUGGAUGGUGAUGAAAGUAAAAAGAGGGAUCAGGUGGGGAAAUGCCCUGAUAAACUCAAAGAGUUUAGAUCAAUUGAUGGUUUAGGAAUGGUGGAAUCGAUAGCUGAUGAGGGUGGGAUUGACAAUGGAAUCGACAACCAGGGAAGUGAAAACAGUGAAGGUGCGGACAAUGGUGAUGAUUUUAUUGACAAAUGUGCAAACGUCGCAGGAAAUAAGGAUGCUCUCCAACCAAAUCCUCUGCGCACAGCAAGUGAUGACACUGAUGAUGAUGCCUGUGAUAGUGACUCCAGGGGUAAUGGUUUGAUGGAAAACAAUAAUCGACUGGGAGAAUGGUCUGAGGGCAGCAAUAUCACCAGUGAAAUAAAUGCACAUGCAACUGUUCUCCUCAGUGACAGUGAAAGUCACAGUGGAAGUAAAAGCGACAAUGUUAACAAUUACAGUGAUAAAUUAAUCCUAAUGGAUGACUGUACGACCACUAAGGAGAGCCUGAAAAACUGCACAGAGUUACCAAAGAUGCCUUUCGAGACUGACGCAAGCACCACACAACAUUUAAGACAUGGUGAGAAGGAUGAUGAUAAGGAGGAACACGAGUAUGAGGAAUUGGCAAGCAAGUUGCUCCUUGUGUUGGAUGACAGGGAUCAUCCAAAAGCAAAUGGGAAUGAUACCAAUAUCAUUGAAAGCAAUAAUAUUGGUAGCACCUGUGACAAUAGUUGUAAGGAUAAUGGUAGUGAUGAUGGUGAUUACAAUCCUCACAUUCCUGCAGUGGAGAACAGCCUCUGUGAAACCCAUCAAGCCCCAUGUGAGGAAGACGGAUCCUGCAUUCACAGCAGUGGCCAAAACGACGGUCUUGCCUGCAAUGUACAAGAUCAUAAUGAUAACAACAACUUUAGCUGUCCUGACAGGGAUGACUCUGAGCUAUUGCCACCCAGUAGAGAGAACGGCGCCCUCAAGGAGCUAAUGUGUGAUGGUGAUACGUGGUCCAAGCUGGAUCUGGCACUGCCAUCUGAACGAGCAGCAGAGCUGACCCCCGAUGUAACACCAGCAAAGAGUUCCAGGUUUUUCUCGGGCCUAGAGCUGUGCACGUCGACACCACUGAUGUUCAACAUGACAGUCACCACAGCCACUCCUCUCCCUGGGCCUCGUAGUCGCUUUGGCUUCCGGGCACCAGCAGUGACAUCUUCCAAAUCUCGUGGGUCGUCUGUGGCCAUUCCGGCAACCAACCUCAACAGCACCAGACCUGGAACCAACCUCAACAGGACCAAAUCUAUUGGAACCAACCUGAACUGCACCAAAUCUACUGUAACAAAUCUGAACAGCACCAAAUCUACUGUAACAAAUCUGAACAGCACCAAAUCUACUGGAACUAACCUAAACAGCACCAGGCCAAAUAGUUAUAAUCUAAACAGCACCAGACCAACUAGCACCAACCUCAACAAUACCACCACAGCAACUGCUACCAAUUUAAACAACACUAGAUCUAUUGGAACCAACGGAAUGGUGAGGCAUUUGGCAAAGCCACCCUCGUAUGCCUCGAAGUUGCUAGGACCUGGCGGCUCUAGUUUUGCUGUACCAAAACCCAGCUCAAGUAGUUCACACUUAGCGAGGCCUCCAUUGGCUACCACAAAACUCGCAAAGCCAUGUCUGUCCAAGCUCGCCAAGUCCAGUUUGCGUGGGCCUCAGCUGCCAGGCAAAGCAGAGGUGGGUGGAGUGGAUGAGUCGAGCUUGCUCUUGUCCAAGGCUGCUUUGUCCCAAUCGAUCGUGGUCACAACCUCUGGAAAGGAUUCUGGGAAACCUAGUGAGAUUGGGUCGAGUCAAACGCAGCCAAGUCUGUGUAUAACCAAGCCGGUGAGCAUUAAGAUGCGUCAGGAGAGAACCGAGUCAUCCCAGAUGCCAAAGCCUGAGCGGGUUGAGGCCAGCAACUCUGCUCAGGCCGGGCGUGAUGCUGUGGGGCCCAGAAAACUUGCUUCUCUUAGGGCCGCAGGGCCUGGGCAUCCACGGCCAAAACUUCACCCUGUUGGGCUCAGAACCCCAAGUACGCGGCUCAUGGAGUCCAAGGGAGAAGGCAUGGCUACACAGGAGACACCAGGGGUCACUGGGCGGAGGGGGCAUGGAGGGGUUAGCGCUACCCCAGAGCCUGCCCGGUUGUCGGUCAAGGUUUCUCGGCUAGCUAAGCCUUCAAGCACCAACCCCACUAAGCUGGCAAGGCCAAAUCUGAAUGUUUCAGAAAAGACCAAACCCAACUAUUCUUCUGCAAGGUUGACAGGACUAAAAACACCUUUAGUUAGACUUUCUGGGCUAUAUUCAAAUGUUUUGAAACUUGAUAAGACCAACUUAAGCAUUUCUAAACUCACAAAGCCUGUUUUAAAUGUUUCUAAACUCAGUCAAUCAUCUUCAAUUGUUUCCAAGCCAACUAAGUCAAACAUGCCUCGGGUUGCACUUGCCAGACCAAAUGCAAACACUUCUAAACUUGAAGGAACAAACUCAAGCAUUUCCAAAUCAUCUCGGCCUGAGACAAGUAUUUCUAGGUUCACCAGGUAUGACUUGAAUGGUUAUAAAUUUGGUAAACCAGAUUCAAGCAUUUCCAAACUUACUGGACCUGCCGAGUCAAAUGGCUCAAAACAUUUGAGGCCAAAUUCAGACAUUGCUAAACCUGUCAGAUCAAAUUCUAACAUGACCAGCAUUGCUAGACCAAAUCCAAAUAGUUGUAAAGUUGCUAGACCAAAUUCAAGCCUUUAUAAACAUCCAGUGGCAGACUCACGUGGAUCCAGACUUGCUCGGGUCAAUACUCAAAUCUCUAAGCUAGAUUUAGGCAUGGGGACAGAUAGUGAAGUUGCUCUUCUUAGGGAGCAACUGUCAGGGGCGUUGCGUGCCUGCCAGGCACUUGCGGUUGUGGUGCAGUACCUACAGGCCUCCGCGUCUGCUUGAGGUUACUUCCCUUCAUCACAACCCUUCCAUCAUGCCUGUGAGGAUAGAUUGGCGAUGGCAGUUGGGUAGAAUUGGCAUUGGGGGUUGUCAUCUGUCUUGCCCUCAAAACGAGUGCUUGGAAUCUUAUACCACUUUUCCACUGUAUAGCAGAACUAUGCCAGGGUCAUGCUAGGCUUAUCUGGCAUGGCUGGCAAGGAACUCUUGGGCCUCCUGAGCCUAAGGUUUUUCCACUGCAGAACCUAAACAGUGCUGCUUAUGUUACAUACAAAAUUAUACAAUAAUACUGUCAGUAUACAUUUUAUAGUCUUUAGUAAUAUGGCAAUUAAUAUUAAAACAUAUUUCAACUUUUCUUUGAUUGAAAAAUGCAAUAAAUCGAUCCAAAAUCGAAAAUUCACGUUUGCAGAUAAUGUGCAUAACCCAACACUCGGAAUGGAUUUUACCCAUAAAUGACAUCUGCUAUAAAUUCACAAUAAAGUCAAGUAUUGUAUAGGGCCGUUCUAUUGCCGGGAGUGGAAUCGAUUCAGACGAGUUGAAGGAAUUGACGAUGGAGCAGUUCAUGGUAAUGCAGCGUGGUGAUAAUCGAUAGCUAAGGAGAGAAAUACGAUAAUUUAUUUGUAUGUCGUGGCCCGACUAAAGCAAUGUAUGAUAAAAAUGUUUUACUUUUUCACACCUUUAGCCAUAUAUGCUGCUGGGUGACUGAUUAAUUUAGUCUUGUUCUGUCUUGUUCUGUCUUUGCAAAAUGUGCAUCACAUUUUUGGCAGUUUGUAAAAUGUCUGUCAUAGUUUGAUUCUCGAUGUGCCUUAUAUUUUCACAACAGUAAUUGUGCAGUUUUUACACAUGCUUCAAGCUAAAAAUUUUGUUUCUUGAUUCUGCUGGGAAAAUAACGAUACGUGUGUUUUAAAAUAUGUGCACACACUUUUAGUAUAUGUGCAAUACUGUUUAUAUGGUUUAUAAAAGGAAGAGAACACUUUCCCAAUAUAUUAUUCGUGCCACAUAUACCGUGACACAAGCUGCUUGAGAACCCAGUGUAGUUAGAUGUAAUGACCUUCAAAGGACACCACUGUCUGCACCACUUGUGAUAAACCGUUAAUCUCCGCGUGGCUCGAGUCUUGCUAUGCUUACCACGAGUGUUACUUACGUUUUUAUAAUAACUACCCUUAAGGUUUUAGCACUAGCACAGGACAUCCACAAUCGGAGCUGCUCAAAUAUAUGGCAUGACAUUACCUCAUAUCCUGUGUCUGUGUGGUGAUUAUGCUCGAGUAUACUAAGCUUGUAAUAGUGUGUAGAUCCAUCGGUGAGUUAUGCUCAAUAUGAAUGCGAGAAUAAAAAAAAGAAUAUAAAUGCAAAUGUGCUAAUGUAGCUUUUGAGGCUAGCAGAGCACAAAACUAUGAGAGAGCGUGACUUUACCGAACCAAAGAGUAUAAAGACAAAUUAUGUUUAAUUGCAACCCCAAAUCAUGGCAGUGUUGGCACACGUUACUGCUUUGCGAUUUUGGAGACCAGGAGUUUAAUUCCAAGCCAUGGUUCACAUCAUCAAUGGAAAAUUGUGUGUAAACCCGAACUGUGUCUCAUAGGUCAGCUCAUCCUAAAGCAAAUGUAGUGCUUGAGAUACGCGUCACGCGCUGGGUCGGUAUGCGCGCACGCAGGCGGACAGUGAGGGCAAAUGAGGACACAGGGUGCUGAUUUGCUGAUCGUUGUCCAAAUUAAGGUGGCGUGAUGGUUAAGGGUGGCAGCAGGUGGCAGGGGGUAAUUAAGGAUGCAGGGCGUUGAUUGGACGAGAGGGGUUGUUGGAGAUUGGCGCCGGCGUGUCUGGAAAAACAACGCCACGUGGCAGUGGGGGCGAGUGGCGUCGCGGGGGAUGGCCUGAUUAAUUAGGGGUUAAUUGGUUCGGGGAUAAAGUCAGGGGUGGUGGAGUGAGACGAGAGUUCGUGCCUGGGAGGAGAGACAGAUGAAGAGACGGCGCAGCAGAGUGAGUAUAGCGUAGGGUAGCAGUGGAGAAGUGUAGGGUAGCAGUGGAGUAGCGUAGAGCAACAGAGAGACGACGGAGAGUAGGAAGCGGCUGGAGCAUGGAAGGAGAACUGGUGCAGUUACGACGGAGUAGAACGGCGGAGCUGAUAAAGAGCAGCCGAACUGGAGAGAGCGGAGAGGAGAGUCGACGGAGGAGUAGAGGGUGGAGCGAGCGAGGCCGGUGGAGCGCGGCGAGCGAGCGAGGAACAUUGAGCGGUGUUGAAGGGAGAGAUGUGGAACAAUAUACGCGGAAUAAAGUA